AUGACUAACAAAUCAAUCAUGCUUCUGAGCCUGGUGGUUCUUCACAGCACAUGUACACAGGGAGAAACAACAUGUAAGUGGCAACGGGUGGAAGAAUGGCAUCCACAACCCUCAUCGUAUGUGGUGAAUUGGACACUAACAGAAAACAUCUGCAUGGACUUGUACGGAGACUGCUGGUUUGGGGAUGUAAAUACAAAAAUGAACACUUCAGGCAACCGACCUGUUCCCCAGAUUUGUCCUCUGCAAAUUCAAUUAGGAGACAUCCUUGUAGUGUCUUCUGAACCAUCUCUUCCAUCUCCAGAAAUAAAUUUGAUGAUUGUUUCUGAAGUAUCGUUCAUUAACUGUCUUCCAAAUACCACAAGUGAAGAAUAGUUACUUUUUGGUUGCAAACUAAAAGGAAUGCAUACUGUUAAUUCGCAGUGGCUGAGUGUUGGGACACAUUAUUUUAUCACAGUAAUAGCCAGUGGUCCAUCACUUUGUCAGCUGGGACUACGACUCAAUGUGACGGUGAAAGAGUAGGUUUGCCAGGAAUCUCAGAGUUCACAGUUUUGCUCUGGGCGUGGUAAAUGUCUUAGUGAAGUUUGGAGCAAGACAAUCAGCUGCCAUUGCCAGCCUCCUUUUUCUGGAAAAUACUGCCAGGAACUUGAUGCAUGUUCUUAUAAAUCAUGUGAAAAUAAUGGCAGGUGCAUUAAUAAAAGAGGAAAAUGGAAUAAGCAAGGAUAUGAAUGUAUCUGCCGCCCACCAUUUGCAGGCACAAAUUGUUCAGAAAUAAUUGGCCAGUGUCAACCACUUAUCUGUUUUCAUGGGACUUGCAGCAAUAUUACUGCAAAUAAUUGCAUUUAUGAAUGUGAUGAGCCAUUUUCAGGUCCAUCCUGUGAGAAAUCAAUGGAACAUUGUGUUUCUGAGUCUUGUUGGAAAGAAGGUAUUUGGCAAAAUAAAAGCUCUGCUUACAUCUGUGAAUACCCAGAAGGAGUUUUCAAUCAAAGCUGUGAAACUAAAGUCAAUAAGUGUUCAUCAAUGCCAUGUCAGAAUUAUACUGACUGCAAUGAUAUUCCAAAUGGUCUCAUGUGCUUCUGUUCACCAAUAUUUAUGCGCAAUCUUUGUAAGAGACUUCAAACACCACACAAGACAUUUCCUUGCAUGAGUAAUGCCUCCUGUGUGAAAUAUGAGAAAGAUCAUCAUUGCAGUUGUAUGCCAGGAUUUACUGGAAAGAACUGUGAGAAAGUAACUGACCACUGUAGACAGCUCAGCAUCAACUAUCUGAAUGAAGGAUGGUGUUUCAAUAUAAUUGGAAGAUUUAGAGUAAGAUCUGAAGGUGAAAAAUGUGAAGUGACGUCUAAUACCUACUUCUUUGUUGAUGCAAACUGCACUGACGAUGUAGUGUAUGUGAACAAAUCUGAAGACCAUGAUUAUGUAUGUUGGUUCCCAUGUGAAGGAACAAUGGAGAUGUGUGCAAAUGGGUGCAACUGUUUGACAGAAGAAGAAAAUAAGGGAUAUUGGUGUUUAUGUAUUCCCAGAUGGCCUGGCAAAAUGUAUCUGGAAAAUACCACUGACUAUCAAGAAAGUGGGUGUCAACAUGAAGCUACUUAUAAAGAUGAAAUUAAUAGAUACAGGUAUUUAUGCAUCAUUUGA